AUGGGAAAGAGUGAGUUCAUGGGCUGCAUUUGUCUCAAUCUGCAGAGCCUACGACCAGAUGUGAAGGAGCAAGGCACCUAUGCGCUGGAUGCCUGGGGCGAUAAUGUCUCCGUAACGGGCGGCAUUACGCUCAGUUUUAAACUCAUUCCUGCGGCCAAGAUAGACCGUGUACAG